UCCAACCAAACGGCCGAUUGGAGACGGGAGCCAACCAGGGCUGCAUUGGAGGUUGAAAUUGGGUGAAGAUUGGACCCCUUUUUAAAAAGGUGUUCCUGAACACCACUGACAACACAGUUCUGACGGUAUUUCAUGACAAAGCCACUAAGAAGUAUCAAUAAAUAGGAUACCCUCUACUUGUGCAAAUUAUCAAAGAUGGAUGGCGACAGUGCUACCACAGAUGCUUCUCAACUAGGCAUCUCUGCAGACUACAUCGGAGGAAGCCACUAUGUUUUACAGCCUCAUGAUGAUACUGAGGACAGCAUGAAUGAUCAUGAAGACACAAAUGGCUCAAAAGAAAGUUUCAGAGAACAAGAUAUCCAUCUUCCAAUUGCAAAUGUAGCAAGGAUAAUGAAAAACGCCAUACCUCAAACGGGAAAGAUUGCAAAAGAUGCCAAAGAAGGUGCUCAGGAAUGUGUGAGUGAGUUCAUCAGCUUUAUAACAUCUGAAGCAAGUGAAAGAUGCCAUCAGGAGAAACGGAAGACAAUCAAUGGAGAAGAUAUUCUCUUUGCCAUGUCAACCUUAGGCUUUGACAGUUAUGUAGAACCUCUAAAAUUAUCCCUUCGGAAAUUCAGAGAGGCUAUGAGAGAGAAAGGAAUUGGUGGAACAGUCACAGCUACAGAUGGGCUAAGUGAAGAACUUACAGAGGAGGCAUUUACUAACCAGUUACCAUCUGGGUUAAUAACUGCAGAUGGUCAACAGCAAAAUGUUAUGGUUUAUACAACAUCAUAUCAACAGAUUUCUGGUGUUCAACAAAUUCAGUUUUCAUGAUCUGAAGAAAUGGUGGCAUGGGGAGUGGAGAGAAGCAAGAGUCUGUAUGAUUCUGGAAACAGAGACCUUAUAAGGAAGUGAUUGGGGAAAAGAUGUCUCUUUGUAUAUUAAAUAGCUGUAAUGUAGC